AUGUGCACCCGAGUCGGACCUUGGCGUGCAGAAUCAACUGCGGUUCUCCCAGCACCUCCGCUUGUGAACGGCCCGCCACCACGGCGGGAUCCGGCGCGAAGCCGGCGCCACCCAGCAGGCUCGCUCGGGUUUGCAGCGCGCGGCACCGCGGGGCGCAAGCGGCGAGCGCAGAGCGUUAUCGUCGAAGGGAGUGUCAGUCUAGCGACCAGAAAUGAAAGUUGCCCGGUUAAAUUUGAAUCUCAGAUACACGGUGAAAUUUUUCGUAUAAAAAGUAAUCAAUUAACUAAUUGUAAGAACCAUAUUUUGGAGUUUAAGGAAAAUAUACUACAUUUACAAAAUAAGAGCAAAAGCACUCGUGAAGAGCUUACAAAAGCCUUUAAUGCGCUACAGUAUGAAGUUAUGCAGAGAGAGAAUCAGUCAAGAAAUUUAGAUGAAGAGAAACUAGAUACAGUGAGUGAGGGAGAAACAGCAUCUAAUAUAUUUGAAGAUUUUAAGUUCUUUCUUCCUCAUCUAAAGAAAGUCAAAAGAGUUUAUCCUAAAGUAAUCAUUAGCCAAGGAAAAACAGGUGUUUCCUUUGCAGUAGGUAUUCCCACCGUCAGCAGAGGAAAUCACACUUACCUGAAGCAAACACUGAACUCCAUUGUCACCAGGGUUACGCCUCAGGAAGAGGAGGAUUCCGUAGUGAUUGUUUCUGUUGCAGAUAGUAAUGAAGAUUAUGUAAAAUCAGUUGUUGACAUGGUUAAACAAAGAUUCAAACGACAAGUGAAGUCUGGAUCCUUAGAAGUUAUUUCAGUGCCUGACUUUUUCUAUCCAAGCAUAUUAUAUGAGGAACCAGCUGAUGACUCACAACGAACCAAGCGUUGGCGUAUGAAGCAAGUAUUGGAUUUUUCUGUUUUAAUGGCAUAUGCCUAUCCCAAGGCCACGUAUUAUUUACAGCUAGAAGAUGAUAUCAUAGCUAAAGAGAUGUACUUUACAAAAUUAACAGAAUUUGUAAGGAAUAUGACUUCGAAUAAUUGGUUUUCUAUUCAGUUUUCAGUGCUGGGAUUCAUAGGGAAACUGUUCAAAAGUAAAGACUUACCUGAAUUUGUAAAUUUUUUUUUAAUGUUCUACAAAGAAAGACCUAUUGACUUACUCUUAGAUCAAAUUUUUCACAUAAAGAUGUGUGAUGUGGAAGAAGCACCAGAAAAAUGCUUAAAACGAGAGGAGGAAAUUCGUAUACAGUAUAAACCUUCUCUUUUCCAGCAUGUGGGUUUACAUUCAUCAUUACCCGGUCGAGAACAACGAUUAAAAAAAAUUUGAAGAUAAUAAUAAUAAAAAGAAACUCUGUAAUCCCUGGAACCUCAGAUAAUCUUUAUUUUUAAUGGCAUCUUUUGGAAAUUGUAAUGGUGAAAAUCCAUGACUAUCUAGAAGAGGAAAAAGCAAUGAACAAACUAGUAGACUAGAAAGUAUUAAAUGACCUCUUCUGACAAGAAAAAAUAUAACCUUUAUUUCUGAUCUUUAUACCCUAUUACUAUUUAAUUAAGAAUUAAUAAAAGCAAGAUGUCUUUAAAAAGAA